UCGUUACUCGCAAGAAAAUAUUUACAGUUUUCAACUAUUAUUUAAUUUAAAUUUUCAAAAAUUCUGUUUUAAGUUUUGUUUGGAUAAUUUUGUGAUCCUCGUGAUUAUUACUUAUCUUAUAAAAAAACAUGGCUAACGGGGGUGAAGAACAUUCUGUGUCGGUGGACAAAGCGAAUAAAUUUAUUGAAAAUUUAUCGAAAGAGUUACAAGAAUUAUAUUCUUAUCGUGAUAUGUUCUUUGAGAACCAUCCCAUAGAAAUGGCAAAAAAUAAGCAUAAAUAUGUGGAAGAGAAAAAGGACAAAUUAGUAGAGAAAUUUGAAAGUGUUGAUGUGGACACUGAAAUUCCAUUUUCACUUAGAGCCCAAUUUCAAUAUCUUAAAGGGAGAUGUUAUAAUGUGAGUAUUAAAUAUGAUGCAAGAGCUACGCAAUCUUUGAGUAAAGCUGUUAAAUUAAACCCACAUAUGGUUGAAGCGUGGAAUGAACUUGGGGAGUGCUAUUGGAAAAAUAUUAAUGUUAAAGAAGCUAGGGCUUGCUUUGAAGGUGCCUUGAAACAUGAAAGAAACAGAAUAACACUCCGUUGCCUCUCCAUAAUACUACGGCAGGAAGCUGGUGCAAAGAAAGAUGGUGAAGCGACACAAAUGAUACUAAAAAGUGUUGAGUAUGCUAAAGAAGCCGUUUCACAAGACACUGCAGACGGUCAGUCAUGGAUAAUUUUGGGCAAUUCCUACCUUUGCCAAUAUUUCACAGUGUCACAAGAUCCUGCAAUUUUAAAGCAAUGCAUGAGUGCAUAUAAACAGGCCUACACAGACCUAAUUGCAAGAGGCCAACCUGAUUUGUACUAUAAUAAGGCUAUUGCAUUAAAGUACGAAGAGAAAUACAGUGAGGCCCUAGAUACAUUUAACAGGGCGUGUGACCUGGACCCUCUGUGGAUGCCACCGGAUCGCGAGCGCACAAAAUUACGUCAGUUUUUGGCCAGUGCUGUUGAUUUACUGCGCACACGUGGCAAGAUUAAGUGCAAACGCCUUGCUAAUAUGCUACAAUCUGUGGACAAAAAAAUGUUAGGGGACUACUUGCCUGACCAAUUCGUGACCCUUGGUGCGAGGCGAGAUGUUUACCUGGAGUUGGUAAGAAUAAAUGCCCUACAAGAGGGUUCCAAUGAGAACAAAGUCAUCUUGGGACGCGUGGUCGGCUCCAUACAUAGCGAGAAUGCGGUGCCCUUUGCAUUCGCCAUUAUAGAUGACAGUAUGAAGUGUGUGUUAGUAACUGCAUACAACUGGGCGGCCGGAAGGGGCACCCUCAUUGGGGACUGGGUUGCCAUCCCGGAGCCGCAUUUGAAAUCUCAUAAUGUUGUCACACCAGAAAUGAAAUACGUUUUCCAGUCGAUUCGUGUCAAUAAUCCAAUGAAGUUAUUCGUCAAUGGACGUCGCGUGGAGCGUGCACAAAUUGCGGGCACGCGCGUCUCUAGUACGUACGAGAUGCACUGACGUCUAUCUGCUUUCUUCUCGCAGGCCCGAUUGACGUAGGUGCGAGAAAGAUAGCUAUACUGGAUACUUUGAAUUAGCCGUUUUCAAAGUGGAAUGAUAGGUUUGAACUUGUACCAGAACUUUAUAAAAUUAUGACAUUUUUAAGCUUGGUAAAGAGUUAUGCUGGUGUUGUGACGGUAAAAAUUUUAUAAUAUCGGGAAAUUAUACAUAUGAGAGAGGCGAAAAUAUGGAUAUUUAAAUGAACAAAAGACUAUUGAAACAUAAUUUAGUUGGUGACACAUUACGUAUAACGAAUCGUUUCUCAAGUGUCGUCUCGAGCAUGGGCAUGUGUGUUAAACUUGUGUAAAAUGCUUUGACAGCUCUUACUAGAUUAGAGUUUUGUGUUCUUUAAUGUGCGUAACAACCAAAUUUUAUUCUAAAAUAUAACGCAUCAACAUUAAUUGAGAUAAUUUAUUAAUGUAAUAGGACUUAUAUUAUAAAAUAACCUUUCCAGUUUUAAAAUAAGGUUCAGUAUCUGUUGAUCGAUGUCAUUUCCACACAAAUCCGUAGUAAUAGAUUGAUGUUAGGUAGCGUAGAAAUGUGUCAAAACUUGAAAAAUGUACGGAACUAAGCGCUGUGGAUAUUAGUGCUUACCAACAAAGCAAGAUGGAUGCUUAAACUUAAAAAUAUAUCUCAAAUAUUAUGAGAGGGGCCGUUCAAGUAUUACGUAAGCACUAUAGAAGAGGGUCUUUAGUUGGUUACUUGGUGAUUACGUCAAAAGUAUUUUUUUUAUACACAUUGUCUAGGCUUGAAAACACGAGAUGGGUUUUCGGAGAUUCGUACAAAAAAUUAAUACGUUUAUGUCCUUUUAUUUUUGAGACCUUUGCUUACUUUUGCUGACAAAAGGAGGGGGGGGGAUAAAUUACAGUAAAUCUGCUUACAUAAUAUUUGAACGAUGCCAGAGGUCUUACAGAACAGUUAUAAUCUGAUCUGAAAAAAACCUAAUUAUACGCGACGUUUCCAGUAAAUUGUGUAUUAUAGUUCUAUCGGUGGUGCUAAGCGAAUUGAGACAGGUCUUUAGUGUUGCACGGGCGAUGGAAUCGCAAUAGUUGUUAGGUGUACGUAGGCAAUAUUCGAUAAUUUGGUUGAAAAAUAUUCUCCUUCUGUGAUCGUAGCUUAUUAACAAUUUGUCGCUUUAGUUACUUUGUUCUCCUUUUAUUUAUUGUGUUUAGAUAAAAUAUUACUCAUUGUUAGUGUUACUUUAGGAUUCAAAAUAAUUCUAUAGAAGAACGUAACCUUUGAUAAUUCAUAAUGUAAGUGUGAUUUCAAAAAUGUAUCUACACCUUGACAAUGGACUUUAUAAUUGUGAAACAAGCCGGUGUGUCCCAAAAUUAUUGACAUAUAUAAUAAUAAUAAUAGCUUUUAUUGCUGUAAAUACUUAUCAUAGUACAUAAAUAUGUGAAGUACUAUAUUCACUAGUAAUUAAUAGGCAAGCCGGUUAAUUUCUAUUUUGCAGCUUGUUCUUGGACAUAGGCCUACACUAAAAGCUUACACUCUCCUCGGUGUCUAGCUUUACGUAGCCACAUAGGGCCUCGUUUUCUUUUGCCUUAGCAAGGAAGCCAUUCCGUUGCUUUUUGCGUCCAUUUAUGUUUGUUUUCUCUUAUAAUGUCUUGUCCAUUUCCAUGUCAGUCUUUGACUAGCAUUUCUAAACUUUGUCAUGUCUUUUCUUCUAGUUUUGCUCUACCUUCCGAUGUCAGACUUAGUGCGCUCCUUUCGAUACUAAUUUGACAUAUGCUCGGUUUGUUUUCUAGUUAAUCAGUGACCAGGUUUGACAUGCGUUUAUCGGGCACGGUAAUAUAGCACCAAAGACUUUUCUCUUGUAAAACAAUUCAAAAUUCCGUUUCUCAUUACUUCUGACAGUGACAAGUAUCAAGUAUUUGACAACUGACAUAAAAAAAAUGUUGUUGGAUGUUUUUUCUAGAAAUUAUUUACAUAACAUUGGGCUUUUAUCUAAUUUUUAUGCUUAAUAUAAUUAUUUAACCUAAAAUAUAUGCAUUGGAAAUCCAUAGCUUGUAAAGGUAUAUGUGAUCUGAUCAUACGAAUUCAUUGCCGAGUGCCGUAUUCUGAAUGACUACAAAUUCUAUAGAAUAUGUAAAAAAUUUAUGAUGAGACUGGUAAACUCUACACGGUGCGAAAACGAACUUUAUGUUUGGGGAAGUAAGGUCCUGCAACCUAAAGGUUUCUUGGCUGGCUCAAAGUCGUGAAUUUGUAUAUGUCGCAGUAAAGUAGUUGAAUCCUCUCUGAUUAAUUGAAUCUCUAGAAAUUUAAUUAAAAAUCGAUAUUCAAUCAAUUCCCUAAAGUU